AUGAUGAAGACAGAACCAGAAGCAGCCGAAGAAGGCGAUGUGGUCUACAAUUUGCUUUCUGCAUUUCAGCUUCCGACGCAAUUGGGAGUUGAUUCUGGAAAGACGACUUUUGCGAAGAUUUCUAGAGAAAGCAGAUUGAACAAGAAACUGUCAGCUCAUGAUAAGGGUCUUAUGGGAACAGCGAAUCAAAUGUUCGCGCAAAACAAAAUCGACGAAGCCGUCUCCCUCUCUCUCGAAAUCAUCCGAACCUGCCCAGGCGCUGCAGAGCCGUACCAACUCCUCUCGGAAAUUAUGCACGAAAAGGGCUUCCAAGAACAUGGCUUCAAAAUGGGUCUUUUCGCGGCACAUUUAGAUUCCGCAACGCCUGCUGAAAGAUGGAUCGCUUUAGCGGAUGAUUCUACUCGAAUUCUGGGCCAGAGUGAGGAAGUCACGAAGCUGAGAAUCGCUUGCUAUAGAAAUGCGUACAACAAGACGCAUGAUGGCUACAUAAAAUGGAAGAUUGGAGAUCUUUACUGCUCUCUAAAGCUUUGGAGUGCAGCUCUUCAAGCGUAUAAAAUGUCACUGCGUUACUUCCCCGGCGAGCAAGGAUCCGAAGCUCUCAACAAAGCAAGACGAUUCGCUAGACAAAUUUAUGCCAUCUGCAGAUCUUUGUCAGACGAAGAGUCGAGCUUGCGAAUGAAAUCUGAUGCACUGGCAAUGUUGUUGGGCACUAUUCAAUCGUACGAAGAACAAGUCAGUGACGAAGACAUAAACUACGCGGCCGAUUUAUUGCUCGAUUUGGAAAGAUAUCAGGAGUGCAAAGAUUUGAUGGAAAAAUUCUGCGGCUUCGAGGACUUCUGCCCUCCCAACGAGCGCCGAUUCGAUUUGACCUCAAAAAUGGGCCUGUGCAUGAUUGCAAUGGACGACGAAGGCGACCGCUGCCAGAGUUAUUUGCGAUCGUUCAUCAACGAAAAAGAAGACAUCGAAAAGUACGGCGAUUUGUGGUUUCGCGUUGCGGAAAUGUAUCUGGCAGCGUUUCACAAAUUCGGCGAGGAGAACAAUCGAAUGCAGUAUCUUGAAAACGCGCUUCGAUUGACCAACCGUCUUUUGCACACGGAAGAAUGGGCGCAUUUGCUUGUUCUUGUCCGCCACGCCGACAUUCUUGAAAACCUCGGACAUCAUUACGAGGCGAUCGAAGCUUUGAAACAACUUGCGGACAUUUCUGAAGAGCACCGAAUUCCAGCGAGAGCGAGGAUCAUGAAACUGGAGGAGCAGAUGUCGAUGGUUCCGAUGAUGGCGCACUUAGAGAAUGAUCAGCCACUUGAUAUUCUGAACUUUUUUAAUGAUUUGGAAAGCGCGAAGAAGGUCAAGGUCGAUUUUGUGUUUGAACAAAUGAAAAAAUGGACGGACUUGGUCGAUGAACAAACUGACAAGUACGAGAAGCGCCGAUAUUUGCGCUGCGUCGCCGACUUGGGCCUCUUCAUCAUGACUCACGGCUUCCGCAUCUCCUUUGAACCGGAUCGAGUGCAUCUCUACAAAUCGAGCGAAAUCGCCGUCGGACUUCCGUUCAACCACCCCGGGCGAUACAUCCUCGUCGACAUGAAAAACAACCCCGAUCAGAUCUUUCCGCGUCAAAAAGUGGAAAAAAUAGAAGCAGAGUUGGAAGAUGUCCGCCUUGCGUGGCUUGGCUGGUAUCGGCUUUUUCGCGAAGUUCUUGGUGUUCUUCUCGAAAUCGGCAGAUUCAAGGAGGCAAUUUUACUCGCAGAACAGGCGCUCAAAGUGCGAAUAGACACGGCCAGUCGACAAACUGAGCAUUCUUAUCGACGAGAAAUGCAAAGUAUCGUUCUGGCUAUCGCGAUAUCAAGUAAACAGUACGACAGGUGCUACAAGCAGCUUACAGAAUGGCUCAGGAAGAGUCUGAAAGAUGAUAAUCUUGCGAUGCAGCAUCAUUGGAACCUUUUCAAUUUCACGAUCAACAACUCAAUCGAUGUUCGUCAUCAAAAGUUCGUUGUUCGUCAGCGAUUCAACAGCAAAGCUCCUGAUCCGACUCUUUGGACCAUGCUCGGCCACGUGACUCGCGAGACACGAAGCUACUAUCACGCAGCGGAUGCCUACACCGAAGCGUUAAAACUCAAACCCGACUGUCCCUUUCUUCAUCUCAACCUCGCUACCAUCUAUGCCCACAUUGCUUCACAACGAUUUACGACGAACAGACACACUGCUGCAACGCAGGUCAUCGGAUUUCUGAGUUCUUACAGUAAAUUGAGAGGACUCGACAAGUUUCCACAAGAAAUUCAUUACAACAGAGCCAGAAUUCUUCAUCAGCUUGGCAUGUACGGCCUAGCCGCGAUUGAGUACAAAAAAGUCAUCAACUCGCCCGUCACGUGUCCAGAAAACGACCAAGAAACUGACAAAUUUGACCUGACAAAAGAAGCCGUUUUUAAUCUGUCUCUUAUCUACCGCCAAUCCGGCAAUAAGGAUCUCGCCUAUUCUAUUAUCUCAAAGUACUGCCGCUUAUAA